AUGGGAGGACGUCAUCCAGUUUCCAUUAUUACUGAUCAAGACUUGGCAAUGAAAGGAGCAAUUGCCAAGAUUUUUCCUAACACUCAUCAUCGGUUAUGUCUCUGGCAUAUUAAGAAGAAGUUUGCAGAAAAAUUGUCACAUGUGUAUUUCAAGAAGUCCAAAUUCAAAAUUCACAUGAAGAAAUGUAUUCGGUCAACAUACAAGAUAGAGGAAUUUGAAGAAAAGUGGAAGGAAUUGAUGAAAGAAUAUGCAUUGGAUAAUGAUGACUGGAAUGAACACUACUGGACGUAG